AUUCUGUUGUAUAUAGACGACGAACAAUAUAAAAUGUACUCCACCUGUUAAUAUCAGCCUCAAAUUACAUAAUAUCACGGUAGCUAUGAAAGAUGCAACAAGGAAUUUGUUAAUGAAUGGAGCUUAACAUUUGUGACAGUCUCUGCCUCUCACCGACUAUCACCGGGAAACUCGAUGCUGUUGUUGACAUUUUAGAUACGAGGGAAACACUUUGAGUUGUAUUCAUGAACUGUUUACGAGGUUUUUACGAUCCUUUUAAAUAUUCGUUUCAAUAAAAUUAGUUAACUAUCAAGCUUAUCUAAAGGAUGAGUUCUCCAGUGUCUAUGAGCAAUAAUGGCCCUACGGCUGGUGCUACUGGCAUGGAAACAGUAGUGGCUGUAGCACUUGGUGCACUUGCUGCUGUUUUCCUCGGAGCUCUUUUAGUGCUGCUUGUUAUUUGUAAAAGACAACGAUGUUACUAUAAUAAAAAAGAUUCUCCAGAUUUAAGCUCAGAUUUGUUAGAGGGAGAAAAUUAUUCUGGAUUAGGCUUAGAUGCAUGGGAAAGUGAGGAGUGGUUAGCAGGCGCUGAGAGGUGGGUUGAUGAUGCUACUGGUUUAGCUCCACUAUGUAUAGCUGUAUUAAGAUCUUGUCAUGCCUUGGCGUCAAGUCUUACUGCUAUUGCAGGAACAGUAAACAGUAACACUGUUCCACUGGAAAUAGUGGAUGUUGCUAGACGUAUUCCACCUCGUGUCGAUGAUGUGGUUAGAAGUUUGUAUCCACCAUUAGAUGCAAGACUUUUAGAAGCUAGAGUAGCAGCAUUGGUAUUGGCUGUGGCACAUUUAGCAUUAGUGACCAAGCAUGGAGUAUCAAAAAACCAUGCUAGGAAAUUAGCGUUUAUCGAUCAAGCUUUAAGCGAUAUGGACUCUCAUUUAGCAAUUUUACGGAAUGCAGCUCUGGCACAAGAGGUAGCAUGUUCUGUUCCAGCUUCAACACCGGUUUAAAUAAUUUAAUUUCCUGACAUGUAAAAAACUAUUCUAGUAUUUACUAUUUCCAUAUCUUCCAUGGUUUUGGGUCUUAAUACUAAGUUUCAUUAAGAUCUACCUAAGAUAUACCUAAGAUAUUGAAGGUACACACAGUGUUAUGAAAAUGUUACGUGUUAUGUAUUUCUGUUUUUAUUAUGUCAAGGUCAAAAACCCAACAGUGCAAUUUCAAGUUUUCUACCAACAAUAUUAGUGUUUUACAUUGUUUCUAAUUACAGUAAUUAUAAAAAUGCAUACAUUAUUUUCAUGACGUAUUAAAAAAUAUUGUAAGAUAUAUAUUUAAACACUUUUAUGAUCAGAGAACACCAGAGGUAAUAUUUUGUGACAUGGA